AUGUCGCUUACCACCAUUACCCUCGAUCCUCCCAUCGAGUGUCGCCGGACGCCGCCGCUCGUGCUUGUAGUGGCGGGCUCGGACAACUCGGGCGGGGCCGGCAUCGAGGCCGACCUCAAGACGUUGACGGCGCACUCGGUGUACGGCCUCACCUGUAUCGGGGCCAUUACCGCUCAGAACACCCAGAAAGUUGAUGGGUUUGAUGCUACCAGUGAUGCCCUUGUCCAGAAGAUCUUUGAUCUCAAUUUUGACGACUUUGGCACCUCGGUCAAGGUGGUGAAGACGGGAAUGUUGACCGGGGCCACGGUGCGGGCGUUGCACCAAUUCCUCCCGAAAUACCCAGACACCAAGCUCUUGGUGGAUCCGGUGAUGAUUGCCACCACCGGAGGCAAGUUAUUCGACGAUGAGUCGAUGCAAUUGGCGGUGGACUCGGUGAUGAAGCAAGCGUACCUCAUCACUCCGAACUUCCCCGAGGCCGAGGCGCUUGCGAAAUUGACCGGUGUCAGCUACGACAAAGUCGACAGCCAGGAGAAGUUUGUCGAGCUUGCCCAGAAAUUGCGCCAGAGACUCGGGUGCCAGAACCUUUUCCUUAAAGGUGGCCACAUCCCCUGGGGGGACAGGCUCACUGAUGUCUUGGUGACUGCGAAUAACGACGUGGUGGUGUACGAAAGUGGCUAUAUUGACACCAAAGACACUCACGGCACCGGGUGUACGCUUGCCAGUGCCAUCGCUGCUAACUUAGCUAAGGAUGUCGAGUUGAAACAGGCGAUUGCUAAUGCCAUUGGCUAUGUCCACCAAGCCAUGGUGAGUGGUACUAAGCUUGGCAAGGGUAACGGUCCCCUUUACCAUUAUAUCAAGCCGCCGGUGGUGAAGUUGGUGGCGCCAGUGAAGCCUUUGCUGUUGAAGCAACUGGCCUACGACUACUUCAAGGCGCAGGCGGGUGAUCUCUGGAUUCAGUACACUCAGCACCCUUUCCUCAAAUUGUUAGCCACCAACCAGCUUCCUGACCAUCAAUUCGUGUACUAUUUGACUCAGGAUUAUUUCUACCUUAUCAACUACGGUCAAGUACACGGGCUAGCCGCGGCUCGGGCCCCUAAUGAAGACCAGGUUUUCGCUCAAGGGACAAUCUUAAACAACAUUGGUGAGGAAAUGAAGCGUCACAAGCAUAAGAUGAAGACCACUUAUGGUAUUGAUUAUGCCAACAAUACAAUCCCCAAGGGUAAAGCGUGCCGUGAGUAUUGUGACUACCUUCUCUAUGUAGGUGACAACUUUGACUUUGCCCUGAUUAAGAUUGCCGUGGCACCGUGUCUCCAUGGUUAUUAUGAAGCUGGCCAGUACGCUCUGCUGUUGGUAGUACCGGACCUUAAACCAGUGUAUAAGGACUGGAUUGGUGACUACACCAGUGACUGGUACGGUGAGGCUCACCAGCAAGGUCAGCAAGUAUUGCAAGACAUCGCUAAGCUGAUUGACUCCGAGGCGAAGUUAGCCGAAUUGGUGGAGAUGUUUAACCGGGUGACUCAAUUGGAAAUCAACUUCUGGAGCGAGUGUUUGGAAAUUGAAAAGUAG